UUUUCCCCCUUUGCUCCAAGGAGAGGUCCCUUCCAAGCUCCUCUCUUCUCCUCGUCUCGGAACCUGUUUUCCGCUCACCAACUUAUCCCUGCCCUAACUCCCUUUUGACAACCUGAUCAUGGCGUCUCGUCAUCGCCGUCCGUCUCCUUCCCCUCCACCUGCACAGCAGCUCGCUCCCCAUCACCCACCCACAACUCAACCCGCUUCACAUCAUUAUCAUCACGCUCACCCCGAGAACCAGUCCCUGUUCCUCCACAACCCAUCCCUCCUAUGCCGCCUCACCCUUCCCGCGGACCACCAACGGCUCUGCGGCGCACCCACCUACUAUGCCCAGUCCUCACGCCGUCGGUGCUCCCCCUGUUCCACACAUGCGUCAGCCUCAAAUGCCAGAAUCUCUCGUACGCCUUUCGAAAGCCAAUGAAGAAUCUUGGUUGGCGAUAGGUAAAUUGGCGGAACGCAUGAGUGAUAGUGACAAUGCUAUGCGCGCCUACGAGUCUGCUCUUAGGCAUAACCCUCAAUCCACCGAGGCGCUGGAACGAGUGGCCGCCAUUGCUCGCCAAAAUGAGGAUCUUCCAAAGGCGAUCGCACAUUGGCAACGGAUGGUCGAGCUCGAACCGAACAAUGGCGACGUUUGGAGUGCUAUGGGGCAUUGUUUCCUCAUGCAAGACGAGUUACAGAAAGCAUACAUGGCCUAUCAGCAAGCCUUAUACUUCCUUGAGAAUCCAAAAGAUCCGAAACUUUGGUACGGCAUCGGGAUUCUGUACGAUCGGUAUGGAUCGCUUGAACAUGCAGAGGAAGCCUUUUCGAGCGUGCUUCGAAUGGAUCAGGACUUCGAAAAAGUGGACGAGAUCUACUUCCGUCUUGGUAUCAUAUACAAGCAGCAACAAAAGUAUCAGGAGAGUCUGGAGUGCUUCGAGCGGAUCCUUCAUAAUCCUCCUAGCCCGUUGGCCCCUGUCGAUAUUUAUUUCCAGAUAGGUCAUGUUUAUGAGCAGCAACGCGAGUACGACAAAGCCAAGGCUGCGUACGAACGUGUGCUUCAAGAUAGCCCGACACAUGCCAAGGUUCUCCAGCAGUUGGGGUGGCUGUAUCACCAGACCGACGCCUCGUUCUCAAACCAGGAAAUGGCUAUUCAGUACCUGACCCGAAGUCUUGAAAGCGAUGGCAGUGACGCUCAGAGCUGGUACCUCCUUGGCCGGGCCUAUAUGGCCGGACAGAAAUAUCAAAAAGCAUAUGAAGCCUAUCAACAAGCUGUGUAUCGCGACGGCCGCAAUCCAACCUUUUGGUGCAGCAUCGGUGUGCUCUAUUACAACAUCAACCAGUAUCGUGAUGCCCUUGAUGCGUACUCACGUGCGAUUCGCAUCAAUCCGUACAUCUCGGAGGUCUGGUUUGACCUUGGAAGCUUGUACGAGAGUUGCAACAAUCAAAUCACGGAUGCUAUCGAUGCAUAUUCUCGAGCUGCAGAAUUGGAUUCAAGCAACCAGGUGAUCAAGCAGCGAUUGGCCUUGCUCAAGGAGGCUCAGCGAACGGGAGGCUCCCUUCCUGCUGCUCCUGGACCUCAAGAUGACUUCCUUCGGGGGCGCAGGUUGCUUCCCCUACCACAGCUCCUCGGCCUCACCCUGCUCAUGCUCAACCUGUUCACCCAAAUGGCCAUCCCGAGAAUGGCGCUAGAGGGAUGA